GAGUGACUAUGCGGGAAAGACGCUGGCACUGCUGGCUGACGUGAAGCCUCUGAGGUGCAUCCUCCCCUCUCGGCUCCACCGCGCGCCCCCGCCUCUCGAGCGCGCAGCAUCACCGUUCAGUGAGGACAGCCAGUAGCAGCACCAGCACUGCAGGAGCCCGCGCGCCGUUCACCUGGCUCCGCAGAGGUGAUCGUCUGUCCGCUCGUCGGCGGAGGAAGAAAGAGUGGAGCCCUUACGUCAUCAUGCCAGGUAGCGGAGCAGGGCAGCUUGGAUCGUGAGGUGGAGGAGCAGCACUGCGGGUGUGCGUGGAGUGGCCCUCUCCAGUCCGGUGAACACCUUGCGCUCGGACGCACGUUGAACGAUGGACGGCUGGCUGCCGCUGCUGGCCUUGCUCGCCAUGGCGGGAGGCAGCCUUGGGGCGGACACAGAGGAGCGGUUGGUGGAACAUCUUCUCAACCCGGCUCACUACAACAAACUGAUCCGUCCUGCCACUAAUGGUUCCGAGCUGGUUACUGUGCAGCUGAUGGUGUCACUAGCUCAGCUCAUCAGUGUGCAUGAAAGGGAGCAGGUGAUGACCACCAAUGUCUGGUUAACCCAGGAGUGGCAGGACUAUCGGCUCACUUGGGUUCCUGAGGAGUUUGAUGGCAUGCUGAAGGUCAGGCUGCCCUCAAAACACAUUUGGUUGCCUGAUGUGGUUCUUUACAACAAUGCUGAUGGGGUGUAUGAGGUGUCGUUCUACUCCAACGCAGUGGUGUCCUAUGAUGGCAGCAUCUUCUGGUUGCCGCCUGCCAUCUAUAAGUCCGCCUGUAAGAUCGAGGUCAAGCAUUUUCCCUUUGACCAACAGAACUGCACGCUGCGAUUUCGCUCCUGGACUUACGACCGCACUGAGAUCGAUCUGGUGCUUCGCGCAGACGUGGCCAGCAUGGAUGACUUUACGCCCAGUGGGGAGUGGGACAUCAUUGCCCUGCCAGGGAGAAGAAAUGAAAACCCAGCUGACCCAGCUUAUGUGGACAUCACGUACGACUUUAUCAUCCGCAGGAAACCCCUUUUUUAUACCAUCAAUCUCAUCAUCCCCUGUGUGCUCAUCACCUCUCUGGCCAUCCUGGUCUUCUACCUGCCCUCAGACUGUGGAGAGAAGAUGACUUUGUGCAUCUCAGUACUGCUGGCUCUCACUGUGUUCCUGCUGCUGAUCUCCAAGAUCGUUCCACCUACUUCCCUGGAUGUUCCUCUAGUGGGGAAGUACCUGAUGUUCACCAUGGUUCUAGUCACCUUCUCUAUAGUCACCAGUGUGUGUGUCCUCAAUGUGCACCAUCGUUCACCUACUACACACACCAUGCCCCCAUGGGUCAAACUGGUGUUCCUGAACAAGCUCCCGGCCUUGCUCUUCAUGCGCCAGCCGAGGAACAGCUGCGAGCGCCAGCGGUUACGUCAAAGAAGGAGGGCGCAGGAACAGAGAGAGGGUGGGAUGAUGGGAGUCGGCGUGGGGGGUGCUGGCGGGAAUGGAGGGGGGGCCUCCACAGCAGUGUUUGGCAAAGACGACAGUGACCCUUGCACAUGCUAUGUGAACCGAGCAUCAGUUAAGCAGUUUGGAGGGGAUCUUGGUGGUGCAGGAGGCGGGUCAAUGGAUGGUUUGAACAGGGUAAGGGAAGGCCGGGAGGGGGGUGCAGGAAUACUGCCCCGAGGAAAGCAAGCAGCAGGUGGUCCUGCUUUGACUCAAGCUCUGCUGGCUCAGGCCUGUCCAGGCUUUGAGGAAGCAGUGGAAGGAGUACGCUUCAUUGCCAACCACAUGAAGAGUGAGGACGAUGAUCAAAGCGUGAGCGAGGACUGGAAGUAUGUCGCCAUGGUGAUCGACCGCCUCUUUCUGUGGAUCUUUGUGUUUGUUUGUGUGUUCGGCACACUGGGCAUGUUCCUGCAGCCCCUCUUCCAGAAUUACACAGUAAAAACCAUCGCAAGUACUGCAGGCUAACUCUACUCCAUCCACAAAAACUCUGAAAGACAGCCCCCACAGUGGGACCUGGGCCAGAGGUGUGCAUGUGAGUGUGCGUGGGGGCAUGUCUGGAUUUUUUGUCUUUUGUCUUCUACUGAACUGGAAAGAAAACUGCUACUAACAAGGAAUCACAUCCAUUUGCAAGGUUUUUGCAAUGAUUGGGUGUUUUCUUGUGAAAGGACAACAGAUAAACUAUCUAACUCACACAAGAGGGUUUUUUGUCGUGUUGUUCCUUUUUGCUAAACAAACUAAUCUCCUCUUUCUGGAUCUUGAUCCCCUCUUUUCAAGUGAGGAAGCUAAGACACAGAUCCCUGCUGAACUUUGGGCCAGCCAAUCAGAGCUUAGCUGACACGUGACAUGCCCGUCUUUGACCAUAACAGGCAUGAUUUAUUCACAGGGAAGUGAAGUUCUUGUACUUUUUCAGAAAUCCACAACGUCAGAAAAACAAUCCCGUACAUUUAACAUAGUAAUGCAGCUUACCACAGUACAGCAUUGCGUAUAUAUAUUAAAACAGUAUUCUAUUUUAGCUCAUGCAAUGGUUUGUUGUUGAUAGAGGGGCUAAGGAGUGUUGUAUGAUUGUAUAUAUAUAAUAAGAAUGUGAAAUAAACUGCUACACUGCCUGGGAUCAGCACACUAACACAGUAAGCGUUAGAGGAACAGAUUUGGAAGGAGAGUUGAUACGAGAUGAUUAUGUUAUCGAAAGGGAUUGAUUACAUUAUUGCAGAGAAAUUAAAGGGUCACAGUGCUGUAGAUUUGCUUGGACUGUCUGAGAGCACUAAUGCUCAUCAGUCUAGCUCAUACCUGAUGACAAAAUGCAGUGUUAGAAGAAGUAGGAUUAUUUAGAUCCCAGAAAUGGGAUGAAAAGGCUUCGACGUUGAUGAGGAGCAAAUGCGAAUCUUAACAGGUGUUGGUUAUUAUAAAACUGAUCACCAGAUGAGUAUCAGUGUUUCACACAUUCCUCCUUACUUUUGUUUUCUUCCCUAUUUUGUCUCUGCCUUGUCUGCCUCUAAUAUGUAAAUGUUGUACAUGUGCAUUUCUGUCACACCCCCCACUCCAUAGUUUUGUUUUUUACGUGGUCCCUCACUUCCCUUUUAAUGUAUUCCUCCUAGCCUCUCCAGUCCUGCUCCUUUUGUUUGGUCUCCUUUGGACACAUCUGACAUUUAGUCUAUUUACAAUAACAGUAAUCACCUACUCAUUUAUGCCGUUGUCCUUUUCAGUGAGGCUGAUUUAUUUCACUUCCACAGUUGUCCCGGCCUCUUUGGCAACGGAGCGAAAUGCAAAAAGGCCCUUGAGGCAAACGUGCAAUUAAAUAUUCAAUAAACAGCGACAAAACGCCGACAGGACUGGCAGCAGUCAUAGAAGGCAAUAAGAUUUACAAAAUUGAUGCAAAGUUUAAAAAAAAGGUGGAAAAAUGGAGCCAGAUAUGCAAUGUCACAGGAUUCCUUCUGCUGCAGUGGAAAGCUGCUGUAAAAAUGUUGUCUAUUCAAUGUCACUGUCAUCCUCUGUGAACGUCAUGGGCUUUUUGGAGAGUUUGCAGCAAUGUAGAAUUUCCGACUGCUAAGUGUGUCCCUGUUUGCCUCUUGUGGAUGGGGAUCACCCAUGGGGAAGCCUCAGCAAAUUUUGAACAAGUGUGAAAAGCCUUUCAGAGGUUUGAGAAAAGUUGACUGCAUGGUGUCGUAUGGAGAAAGUGCUGUACCACCGCCACUUCCAUUUUGCUUCAUUUGACCUUUAUUCUGUCCUCUUUCUUCUCACUUCCUCUCUGAUCUGUCACCUCCAUCUUUCUCACUCCAAAAUCUGCUCCUGUGCAAACCUUAACCUGUUCAAUAAAGUUUGUACAUUUAGAUUUA